AUGUCGCGGCGGCCCAACCCUGCCGCUGAUCGCGCUGAGCAGAAUCGAGCGACUUUGAAAAAUCUCGUGAAGCUCGAGGGCAACAAGACAUGUUCCGACUGCAAGAGGAACAAGCGUAGCUGGAACCUGGGCGUCUUCAUCUGCAUUCGCUGCUCUGGCAUACACCGCGGAAUGGGUACACAUAUCAGCAAAGUCAAAUCCGUUGACCUCGACACCUGGACCGACGAGCAACUGCAGAGCGUGCUGAAGUGGGGCAAUGCGCGUGCGAACAAGUACUGGGAGGCAAAACUGGCGCCAGGACACGUGCCGUCCGAGGCAAAGAUUGAGAACUUCAUUCGCACAAAAUAUGAGUCGAAGCGCUGGACCAUGGACGGGCCCAUACCCGACCCUGCGACCCUGGAGACGGACGAUGACGACCUGGUUUGUGGCACCUUUGAAGAUUCGAGGAACACGACUAACAUGUUACAGCCAUUGAGCAAGGUGCAAGAAAAGGUACAAGUAGAGCGCUCAGCAUCGCAACGUCUCGGAGGAAGCUCAAGCCGGCCUGCACCACCACCGCAAGCAAGACCGCAGCAGACCAUCGAUCUCUUUGGCGACGACACGCCUGCCCCUCCCCGACCGAGCACCGGACCGCCUUCGAAUGUGCGCUCAGCCCCACCAAAAGCCGAAGCCGCGCCACCGAAACAAACGAAGGCUGGCGAUUCAUUGUUGGGACUGGAUUUCUUGGGAGGAGGUCCUGCAUCGCAGCCCGCUAGACCAUCCAGCACUGGGCCUGCUACCUCUGCCGCGCCCUCAAGGCCCGACCUCAAGCAAUCUAUUCUCUCGCUGUAUGCUUCAAAGCCAGCAGCAGCUCCGCAGCCCCAGCAACAUGCGCGGCAAGAGUCGUUUGGUGCCCUGGCCUCUCCCCAGGGACAGACCUCUCCGCAACAGUCAGGCUUUGGUGGUAUGAACGACGCAUUCAGCAGCUUGUCCUUUAACCAGGCCGCGCAACCGGCACCCAAGGCAUCGCCUUUCUCCGGCCUUGACAGCUUCUCCGGCACAAAGUCCCCACCCACCACAUCAUCCUCCAACAUGUUCGGUGGCGGUGGCAACUUCUUCGACUCCAAGCCCAAGACACCUUCAUACACACAAGCACAAAACCGCACGACCAGCCCAUCCAGCGGCCUCGGCGGCGACUUCUCCGCCUUUUCAACCCCAGCACCAUCCCAGCCCGCCGCAUCAUCCUCCGGCCUCGGCGACCUGCUCGACCUCUCCAUGCCCUCCGCGCCCGCACCAGCGCCCAAAGCCGCUACCCCCAUGGCCUCCCCACCCAUGAACUCUGCAUUCAACCUCACAUCGCCCGCCGCGCCCUCGGCACCCACACCACAAGCUCAAGCUGCGCCCAACUACAGCAGCGGCUUCUCCAACAUGGAUGCAUGGGGAAGCAACGACGUGUGGGGAUCUUCCGCACCCAGCCAACCCGCUGCAACCACCACCGCAGCGCCGAAGAGUCCCGGCUGGGGCGCGCCGCAGGUUGCGCAGGACGAUGACUUUGGCGGGUGGAGUAGCGCGGCGCCUACGACGACAACGACGCAUACUUCGACGAACCAGAGUGCGACCAAGCCGGCGGGCGGGUUUGGGGGGAGCGACGAUUUAUUCUCGAAUGUUUGGGAGUAA